UGUAGUGUAGGUACGUGCCAGCUCUGCCUAUAUUUUACGUCCAGAGUAAUUUACCAGAAAUAUAUGUGUGCCUGUAUAUCUCUCAGUUUAAUCACCAGAAUUCUUCAUAGGGGUUAAGCUAAAAAGCGAGGAGCGGAGCCCCUCUCCAAUGGCUCAGUUUUGCUGAAUAAUCACGUGUGAAUCGAGGGGCGGGCUUUUGGCAGGCAGAUCUUACUAGUAUUUACUACCAAGCUCUACUCCAGAUUAACCAUCCCAGUCCUUCUGUCAGUCUCCGAUGCCAUCAUGCAGCCUGGUUAGGAGCGAAGGAAAAGGGAAAAAGAAAAACAACUAAUUCAUCUUUUCCCGAUCGUCAGGACCCUAAAGAAUGGCCGAGCCUUGGGGGAACGAGUUGGCGUCCGCAGCUGCCAGGGGGGACCUAGAGCAACUUACUAGUUUGUUGCAAAAUAAUGUAAACGUCAAUGCACAAAAUGGAUUUGGAAGGACUGCGCUGCAGGUUAUGAAACUUGGAAAUCCCGAGAUUGCCAGGAGACUACUACUUAGAGGUGCUAAUCCCGAUUUGAAAGACCGAACUGGUUUCGCUGUCAUUCACGAUGCAGCCAGAGCAGGUUUCCUGGACACUUUACAGACUUUGCUGGAGUUUCAAGCUGAUGUUAACAUCGAGGAUAAUGAAGGGAACCUGCCCUUGCACUUGGCUGCCAAAGAAGGCCACCUCCCCGUGGUGGAGUUCCUUGUGAAGCACACGGCCUGCAAAGUGGGGCAUCGGAACCAUCAGGGGGACACCGCCUGCGACUUGGCCAGGCUCUACCGGAGAAACGAGGUCGUUAGCCUGAUGGAGGGAAACCGGGCGGAGGGAGCUGCGAAUCUGCAAUGAAUGUGGGGAGGGCUCUCCCACACUGCCUUCUAUUUUGUCAGUUAAUUGAUUGGCUGUCCUAUUUUAAUAUCAUUUGUUAAAAUUCAGUUUUGUCAUAUUUUAAGCAGCUAGUUAAAUCUUCUGAAACUGCUAAGUGGAAAUCUUACUACAGGUUUAUGAAUAUAUUUAAGCAACAUCUUUUUCACCUGCAAAACCCUGAGUUCUAACAUGUAAUUGCAAAUAGCUUUGGCUUUCAUCUGAAUAUUUUAUCUUUCCCUGACUUUUCUCCUUGCUUCUCCCUUUGCCAGUCUCAAUACCCAACUUGAAGACUUUGUUUUAAAAAUGGUUUGUCCUGAUGCUUCUUUUGCCUGAUUAAAACACUUUUUCAAAACAGGA